UUCCAGUGAUCUGAUUGGUCAGAUCCUUUGCGACAGGUUGAAUUGCUUUGAUCUCUUAUCUUUCGAACUUCACCUGCUCCGGAGGCAGGUUAGCCGUUCGGCAUAAGUUACCAUGGUGAUUUACCCCGAGGCAGUGACGUCGCCGCGCUGUCUCUCGCUCCCUUCCUGCUGCAUCACAACAGCCGCUAGCUGCUCGAGUAGCACCAGUGACAGGGGGUGGGAACGGGACAUCCACCGCCGAUUCAUUGACAGAAUAACACCGCGGACCUCGCAGCGCCCGACAACGUCCCUGACACGGGGCUGACCGACGGGAAGUGGUUGCAGUGCGAUAAACCCCGCUCCAGCUGCUGGGACAUGGCCAGGCCGGAACAGGUUCUGCUCUUGGAGCCGCCGCACGAACUGAAAUUCAGAGGUCCAUUCUCAGACGUGGUCACCACAAAUCUCAAGCUCGCCAACCCUACAGACAGGAAUGUUUGCUUCAAAGUGAAGACGACGGCGCCGCGCCGGUACUGUGUGCGGCCAAACAGCGGAAUUAUCGAUGCAGGCACCUCAAUCAAUGUCUCAGUAAUGCUGCAGCCUUUUGACUAUGACCCCAAUGAGAAGAGCAAACACAAGUUCAUGGUCCAGUCCCUGCUAGCACCUCCUGACAUGACCGACAUGGAGGGAGUGUGGAAGGAGGCUAAGCCAGAUGAGCUGAUGGACUCCAAGCUGAGGUGUGUUUUUGAGCUGCCAUCGGAGAACGAAAAAUCGCACGACAUGGAGUCCAACAAGAUGAUUUCGUCCAGCUUGCUGAAGUCAGAGUCCUCCGCGCUGCCCGUGAAGUCCCUGAGCUCCACCCUGGAUGACGGGGAGGUAAAGAAGAUCAUGGAGGAGUGUAAGAGGCUGCAGAUGGAGGCUCAGAGGCUACGGGAAGAAAACAAACAGAUUAGGGAGGACGAUGGUCUGCGGAUGAGGAAGAGUAACAUGAUGUCGUCUCAGCACCCCUCCAUGGGCAUGAAGAAAGAGGAAGGGUUGAGCGCCCGCACUGUGGCCCUCGUUAUUCUUUUCUUUGUGGUGGGCGUCAUCGUGGGCAAGUUGGUCUUGUAGAGCGCGGAGCAGUUUGCUCGGCCGCAGCAUGCUUUCAGGGGGAUGAAAACAAAACAAGGGAUCUGGGAUUUUGGAUCAGAACAUUUUCUGGGUGGGGGGUGGACAGUCAAAACUUUUGAUUCAGUCUAAUUUAUGUAAAACAAAGAAUUUCAAAGUUAAUGUAUGAGAAAAAAAUUUAAAAAAUCAUCUUAUGAACAAAUCUACUGUUACAGGUCUUGCCUCUACGUAAUCAUCAGACUCAUUCUGGCCCUCUUCCCAAAGUUUCAUGUAUACAGAUGACGGGUUCUGUGGGUGGGGUGUGAUGGAAACAUGAUUCAGUGCUCUGGAUUCAGACGAAUGGAUUUUUUUUAACACCGACGAGGUAGUGUUGGUGCAAUUGAGUCAGUUUGCAAAUGUGUGAUUGUCAUUUUUGUGUAUUGUUUGUUUUUUUCCUAAAUGAUGGAGGCAAGAGCUUACGUGUGUGUAUAUAUAUAUAUAUAUAUGUAUAUAUAUAUAUGUAUAUAUAUGUAUGUAUGUAUACCUAACCCCCCCACCACAACAACCCCAGUACAGUAUAUCCAGGUUUUCCUUCCAGCUAAACCCCCUUUAAGAAAGGGAUUUACCAGACAGAAUGGAUCCACACAGUCGGGGUUUCACACAGGGCUAUCAAACUGACUCCUCCAAUCAGAGGCUUGUAAAAUCAGCUCGUCUUUGAUUGCAGAACCUCGAUCGGUGUAUGAAACACUACUAAUUUCUCUCUUCCAUGUUACUUUUAUUUUCUUUCUUACCUUAUUCCCGUCACCUGGUGUUCACCACGUCCCCGGUUGUCAGAAGGGGGAGGUUCAAUUGCAUGAAUUCACACAGAGUUUUGUUUCUGGACUUUUGAAUCUUAAUUUAAUUGCUUUUAUAAUUGUGAUAAUAAUAAUGUCAUUGGGCUGUAGGUUUGCACAACUCCAUUUUCAGAUUUUCUUUGUCUCUCUCUUUUCUGUUCUAUGAUUUAAUUAUUUUGUUUGUUUGUUUUGUUUGUUUUGUCUUAGGGUUGAAGCAUUUAAGAAUAUUGCGCCUGCCAGAAAUGAGAUUUGUAUGGAUUUAAUCAUUUCUGUAGAUGUUCUCCAGAUGAAACCCUUGCCUUGUGACCUGUUUGGGCAAGUUAUUCUCAGGCCAAGAAGGAGGUAUAUAUAUACAGUACAUUAACACGCACACACACAUAUAUAUAUAUAUAUAUAUACUUAAAUACAUGCACACACAAAUACACAAAAAGCAUGUAUACAUAUGGUGAGAAACCACAAAUGAACAUUAGGUGCAUGUAGAGGUGAAAGGUUUUGUUUUCCUGACAACAUCCACACCACCAUGGUUCUGCCACUGUGUCCUAACAAAAGGACCAUGGUCUUUUCCAGCUUUUUUUUUCUUCUCAUAUUUUCCUACUGAGCCAUACAUUUGUUGACAUUCUGUUUUCUUUUGGGCAAAUGUAUGUCACGGAUGGAGUGAGUGUUCAAAGCCGACUACGGCUUCUCCACUGCUGCUCUUUUAGCCGUUUUUCUGUUUUCACUCCACUUGCAAGGCCUUCUUUUGGUGUUUGUUCAGCAUUUAACCAUGACUCAUUAAUGUUAUAUCUUCACUGGAUUUGAAGUUUGUGUUCGUUUUUUUAAAUGCACCAAGUUUGGGAGCGUUACUCCUCCUUUGAUCUUCCUGCAGCUUACGACAAUUUUUUUCUCCCCAAGCUAGAGGGGGUACAAAAAAAAAAUAACAGCUAUAGCCUCGAAGGGAUCACACAAUGACAUUGUACUGUUUCAGAGCCAAUUGUUAUUUUUUUGUGUUAAAAAUAAAUAUCUCCAAAUUUUGAGGGAAAAGGCAGUUGAGAGUGUCACUGCAUUGUUUGAAGAAGAAAAAAGACCCAUGUCUUACGUCCAAUCCCGGUGUGUCCACGUCAGAUGAGCGAGCAGGGGUGAAAUCCCCUUGGCUAAACUAAAUGUAAAAGAUUACAAAGCGCCACCGUCUUUCCAUGUUAAGCAGAGUGGAAGAUGAUACAAUUAGCCGGCGGGUAAAGAGAUUAAAAUGAACAUGAGUAUGUGUUUCUACUGUAUCUCUUUAAACGUUGUUGCGUUGAGUAUGACUUGCUGCUUAGAGGGAGGGCAGAGCAGACCUGAGCUACAGUCCCGUCCUGGGUUAUCGGGCCUGGGUCGCACAGUACUUACAGAACAUUCUUCUUGUCCAGUGAAUCCUGGUCGGAGUAUUGGAACAUUUUAAUGCAAGGAGAAAAAAAAACUUCCAAUUACCAGACUAUACUGUUAAGAGGUUCAUACUUUUAUCACUGCUGCAGUAAAACCUCACCAGUGUUGGUUCUCCAAGAAGGAUUUAAACAAAAAGAAAAAUAAUCAAAUGUAAAUACUAACGGAUCCAGGCCCCGUUGUGAAACACACUAAACGGACUCGUCCUGGAGUCUCUGACCAUCACCAUGAACAAUGUAAGCAGUCGGGGAAACUGUUUUGUAUGUACAUAAAUAAAUAAAUAAAUGAAUAAAUAACUCUAUCCGAGAAGAAGAUUAAUAUUCCUAGUCAAGUAGUCUCUCUGGUGUAUAAAUACAACCCAACCUGGUUGGACUAUGUAGCAUCUUAACAAAUUAAAUGAAUGAAACCCA